AAAGAUCCCUGUGCUGAAGUGAUUCAAGGCACAGUUAUGCUUUGGACUUCAGGUUUGUAUCAUCUUUAGAGAACACAUAUCUUGUUACGCUGGGAAAGCAAUGCCCACUCUUUUUUCCCCUCCCUCCCUCCCCAAGAGGGUUCAGAGUGAGUUUUGUGUCCAUAACAACAUUUUGCCUUUUAAAGCUCUAAACAGAGCCCAGCGGACUGCCCGGGAAGCGUUUUCGCAGGGACCCGGCUUCCCCGCUGCCGCAGCUGCCUGCCCCCGUCAGCCCGGCCCGGUGCGUGCUGCCCGCCCGAGUCAUCGCCAGGAAUAAACCUCGGACAGCAACAGCCUGAAUCAUCCCGCCGCCGCUUCGGGAACACCACCCGGCCCGUGACUUCACUCCGAUGCUCUAUAAAAGUCCAGGAAAACAACAGGCGCUCGCAGAGCUCACGGGCUGGAUUUAAUCAAAGCCGGGAACGACCUGGGAGGGAUUUCAGCGAGGGAGCGCCGCAGUUAUGUCACAGCCAGCCCCUGUGAAAAAGAAGCGUCCUCCAGUGAAGGAAGAAGACCUCAAAGGAGCCAGAGGAAACCUUGCCAAAAACCAGGAAAUUAAAUCCAAAACCUACCAAGUGAUGAGGCAGUGUGAACAAAUGGGCUCCGCAGCACCUUCCGUAUUCAGCCGGGCUCGGACAGGGGGUGAAACAGUCUUUGAGAAACCGAAGGAUGAGCCAGCCAAGAGCGUCUUUGGCUGACAGUGGGGCUGGACAUGACUCACCAAAAUGAUUGUUGUAACAUUUUUCAAAAUGUCUGUUCCUUGCACUAAAGUCACUGUAGCUAAUUUCCACCGUAAGUCCUUAAGUAGGGAAUAUACUCAUGUCAAAGAAUAAAAUUUCCAUGUUCAUUUUUAUUACAUGCUUUCUUUCUAUGUAUUGGACAGUGUUUGCUAUAAUUGUUUAAUAAAAAAAGGUUGUUGGACUCA